AUGGCAUCCUCCAGUGCUGCUCAGCCCCCUGUGGACGAUGUUCCCGCCGAUUUGCGCUCGGUAUCGGACGAUUCCGACUCUGGCAACGAGGAAGGUUGGGAAGAUGUCGAGCCCGACGAUGAGUCGCAGCCCGUUGUCGGACUUUUCACAGAGCAGGUCUUCCCUGAUGUGCGCUCCAUGAUAGAAGAUUGCAAGGAGAAGCACAAUUUCGACCUGCUGAAGAUCCAGAAGGACCUUGGCCUGGACUUCCUGGAUACCAUUAAAUUGGUUAACUACGUGCGCUCCGAAGUUAAGGCCGGAAACAAGACCCCCGAUGUUUCGUCCAAGGUCAAAUUUGCCGACGAUGCGUAUAUGAAGCCCGUGCUGGAGGACGAUGCUCUUCUGUACAGUCUUGACGACAUCGCGCAGGAUCAGGACGCAGAACCCGCAUCUGGUAACGAGGCAGAGCGCAAAGUUAUUGAACUUCAGGAGGAUCUGGAACGAUUGCAGACUCAGUUUUCCGAAUACAGAUUGGCAGUGCAGAAGUCACUGGCAGACCAGUUGAACAAGGAGGAUGAGAAGCUUGAGCCCGGUGCUUAUGUGAAGAGGUCCCCCGCCGACAAGAUUGGGGAGGCCGAUGAAGAUUACUUCACCUCUUAUUCCUACAAUACAAUCCACGAGUCCAUGCUGAAGGACACUAUUCGUACCGAUGCCUAUCGCGAUUUCGUCUACGAGAACAAGCACGUCUUCAAGGACAAGGUUGUUCUGGAUGUUGGCUGUGGAACUGGUAUCCUGUCCAUGUUCUGCGCCAAGGCUGGAGCGAAGAAGGUCAUCUCGGUUGACAACUCGAACAUCAUCGACCGGGCCAAGGAAAUUGUGUACGACAAUGGCCUCGGAGACGUCAUCACUUGCAUCCGCGGCAAGAUCGAAGAGGUCACCUUGCCGGUGGAGAAGGUCGACAUCAUCAUCUCCGAAUGGAUGGGCUACGCCCUCCUAUUCGAGGCCAUGUUUGAUUCCGUCAUCUACGCCAGGGACCGUUACCUCGCCCCCGAUGGUCUCAUGGUCCCCUCGCACGCCACGCUCCGGAUUGCUCCUUACGCCGACCCGGAUUUCAUUGCAUCCCACAUUUCCUUCUGGAAUAAUGUCUAUGGAUUCAAGAUGAACAGCAUGAAGUUGAACAUCUAUGACGAGGCUCUCGUUCGCAGCAAUCAGCCCACAUCCAUUGCUGGUGACUCGGCCGUGUUCUUGCCGCUGCCCCUGCACACAAUCACCGUCGACGAACUGACCUUCCUGAAGGACUUCCAGGUCACUCUCAAGGAGGAUAUUGACGCGCUUGAUGGCUGGGCUAUCUGGUUCGAUAUCUUCUUCAUGCCCUCCAGGGACUCGACCGUCCCCGAUAAUGCGGUGCCCUCGGACAUGCAGAAGAAGGGCAUUGUGGCCUUUACCACCGGCCCUGAUGGAACUGAGACUCAUUGGAUGCAGACCAUAUGUCUCAUCGAUCACGGAAAACAUCAAGCCAAGCCUCUCAAGAAGGGACAGGUCAUCAACGGCAAGAUUGGUUACGAGAAGAAAGAAAAGGGAUCUCGCCUGCUGGACCUUGCCAUCGAGUGGCAAGACGAGAACACCAAGAGUGGCCAGCACUGGUCCCUCCAAUAA